AAAUGUCAAUCCCGCAAAGUCUGCCUGCCUUCUCUUAACGUCUUCUCUCUCUCUCUCUCUCUAUUCUACUCACUCCUUCCAUAAUUUUUUGUUCCCUUCACCUCUCCAUUUUCUUGGAAAAGGUUCUUGAAACUAUUUGUAGCAUAAAUGGGUAAGAUCCGACCCGGAAUGGAUCCAAAAUCGGCAUUGGUCUCAGAUAUUCUAUCCCUAUCGAGAUCACCAAUCUCCUGCAUUCACAUCAAUCGCAUCUCCGGUUCGUGUUUCAUCGACUGGUAUCUCAUUCUCGGUAUCCAAGAAGAUGCAGAGGUCAAGGUCAUACGUAAACGAUAUCACAAAUUAGCUUUGAAGGUUCAUCCUGAUAAAAACAAUCACCCAAAAGCAGAUAUUGCUUUUAAGCUCAUCCACGAGGCUUACUUAUGUCUUUCAGACGAAACAAAAAGAAGAUGCUUCAACACGGACCGACGAAAGAACAUUUGUCUAAAAUGCAGCAGCCGAGUCUCGCACAAAACCAAAGAGAACCGCAACGAUUCUAAACCGAACCGGUUCUGUCAAACCCUCAGGGACAUUAGGGACAAGUUCAGGGAAGAGAACAAGGUGAUAGAGAGAUGUCUUAAAACCAAUAGUUCAAGAUUCAGGGGGAACAUAACCGAGGAAAUCCCUGUUUAUGGUAGUAUACCAAACCGAAACCGGUUAAAUAAAGAGUCGCCUGUUUUUAAUCCAUCAGAUUACAGGUUAUGGGGUUAUCCACAUGUGAGAAAUCGGGUGUUGGACAACAACUUGUCGGAUUGGGGCAUGUUUAUGAGAAGCAGAUCCACUUGUGUUCACUCAUCGUGAUAAUGUAGCUUUCUUUCUAUUCUUUUAUUAUACAUUUUUAGCUCAAAUAAGUGAGAAAAUAUCUAUUGAAUUUGGUAGCUUCAUUGUAUUCUUUCAUUAUUCAAAUCUUUCGACUACAAAAUCA